AUGGCUUCCAGCUACAACCACAUCUCCCAACCGCAAUCUGCUCAGUAUGAUCCGGCCUAUCACCAUCAUCAACGACAGCAUCAGCAGCAUGCUUCACCCCCGGCUCAACAGGGAGCUCCACCACCAUCGCAGCAGCAGCCUCGCCAUUAUCAACCCCAUUCUUACCCUCCGAAACAGAAUAAUGCUCCUCCUGGUACCUUUCAACCGGGUACGAAGAUUAGGGUCGGCUCCCAUAAUUGCGUGGUUGAAAGAUACCUUUCCGAAGGUGGAUUCGCCCAUGUAUACGUUGUUAAGAUCGAUCAAAUUGUCGAAGGCACGGAUAUUGCCGUUCUGAAGCGUGUCGCCGUUCCUGAUAAGGAGGCAUUGGCGAAUAUGCGCACAGAAGUAGAUACCAUGAAAAGGCUUAAAGGGCAUAGACAUAUCGUGAAGUACAUUGACUCUCACGCGUCGCAUUUGAAAUCAGGCGGCUAUGAGGUUUUCCUCUUGAUGGAAUACUGUGCAGGUGGAGGCUUAAUCGACUUCAUGAACACACGUUUGCAGCAUCGGUUGACAGAACCGGAGAUUUUAAAGAUCUUCAGUGAUGCCGCAGAAGGGGUCGCUUGCAUGCAUUACCUCCAACCCCCUUUGCUCCAUCGAGAUCUGAAGAUUGAAAAUAUCCUGAUCACUCCGGAGCCACGGACAUACAAGCUUUGUGAUUUCGGCUCUUCUGCAGAACCGCGCCCUGCUGGCAAGAAUGUUACUGAAUGCCGCCUUAUCGAAGAGGAUAUUCAGAAACACACUACACUACAAUAUCGUUCCCCCGAGAUGAUUGACGUGUUCCGUGGCCAGCCGAUAGACGAGAAGUCGGAUAUCUGGGCUCUGGGCGUCUUGUUGUAUAAGUUAUGCUACUAUACCACGCCGUUCGAAGACCAAGGCCAGCUUGCAAUCCUCAACGCUUCAUUCAAAUACCCCCCUUAUCCGCAGUUUUCGUCGCAAGUCAAGGGUUUGAUCGGCUCCAUGCUCCAAGAAGACCCUCGAAAGCGACCUAAUAUUUACGAGAUUGUUUGCGCCGUGUGUAGGUUGCGGGGAAAAAGCGUACCUAUUAAGAAUAUCUACGAUAAAGCCACCGACCGAAGCAAUACAGCACUCCCGGCAGCUCCGCCAGUUGCGACAACCUACCAACCUGCUCUGGUUAAAGAAGCACCGAGACCCCCACCGAAAGAUGAACUCCCCCAGAUUCAGCAGAUGAGACGUGGCCGCCCACCGAGACCCAAUGCUGAACCCAGUCAACGCCCUAGCACCUCAACGUCCCGAGGCCCUGGGCCAAAAAAUCCCAAGGAUCCCUUCGCUGCUCUCGAUCCUUCCAACACCGAAGAUGAGCUCUCCGCAAGAUUUCCUAGUGUAGAAAGCUUCUCGAUCCUUCACGACCAAGGUGCGAGAUUCGACUUUGGUGGAUCGCCGCCGGAGAGUCCUUCGAUUAACAAGGGAGAGUCGUCGGGCACAUUAAGUGAAAGGGUAAUGAAAAAGUUGGCAGACCAAGCGUUCGAUGAGAUGCCUCCGAUUGCCGCGACUAAAUCGCAACCACUAUUAACUGGAUCGAACGAUAUGGCCUCUGGUUUUGCCCCACCGGAGGCUAGGAAGAUAUCAACGGGGGUGACAGAAACGCCUUCGAGCAAACCUGUGAUGAUUUCUCAGGGAACCAUGACUAGCCCUGCUUCAACCCCUUCACCCCACCCCAGUCGGAAUAGUGAGAGAUUUCAAUCGAAGUUCGGCGAGCAGCAUAGCGGGAGCAUCUCCGCCACACCAACAUCAAAUAGCGGGUAUAUGAGGCCUUCUCUAGGGGAACCCAGCAGAUCCGUAUCGACAUCUCCAUAUAGUCCCGCCAAUCUUGCUAGGAGAUCGUUCGAGCCUCCUCGUCCGGUCUCUACAAUCGGUUCACGGCCGACCCCAACUGGAAAGGCUCGGCCUAAGAGCACACACAUCGAAUCUAAUCUUGAUUUCCUUCGUGACUUGGGCUCUUCGUCUCGAUCCAAACACGCUACCCCUUCUCAACCACCCAAACUGGAAAAUAAUACCACAGGCCGAUCCACCUCAUCCGCUGUAUCUGAGCAUAUCGAGUCUAGUGUAGACUUUUUAAGAAUGCUUCAACAAGAAUCCGAUGCCUCUAAAGGUGGCAAACCUGACAAGCGCCUCCCAACCUCGACGCCAUCGUCCCACAAGCACAAAAAGACACCAUCCAUUACACUUGUCGGAACCAAAAACAUGCUGGCAGGUCGUUUUGGUGAAGCUUUUAGGAGAUUUGAAGCCGGCCCAGACACUAAGAAGAGUGGAAAAACUAGCCCGCAUACAAGUGAUUUUCCUUCGGACGAAUAUAUUGGACAACAAUCCUCGGAUUUGCAAGUGAGCAGCUCUGAAAUUCCUGCAGAGAUUAGAAGGGAGAUGGAGAAACGCCAACUUCAGGAAGAAGAGCGCAGGGUAGAGGCAGCUGCAGCGGCUUAUAAGCAAUCGAUAGCAGAAAAGGGUGCAGGGGGGAGACCCCCACGACCUAGGGCUGGAUCCAUACAGCGCAAAGUGCACGCUUUACUCAGUGAAGAAGAAAAGACACCUGCUCCCCGCACCGCCGAAGGGUAUGGCCGUUACACCGAAGCCACAUCUCCAAAGCCCCACGAAGCCCUAGAAAAGGAACUCCAGGGCCUGUCUAUGACCGAAUCAAUGCAACCUGGCACUGAUUCCGAUGCGCCCUCCGUGAAAUCCCUUGUUAAUCGGUAUGCUCGACCUGGGACGGAGCCGCAGUCAGGCCUGAAUACAGUAACCCCGGCAGCUCAGGGUAACCCAGGACUCCGCCCAAGUGCUCCCCGACAACUCCCACCCCGCCCUGGCCCCAAGCCUGAUAAGUUUAGAAAACUGCCGCCUUCCGAGCCACGACCACAAAUACCCACCGACUAUGGAUAUGGACUUGGACUUACGAGGUCUGAGGUUAACGAAUCGCCAAUACAAGAUGUUUCUUCUUCCAGCCUCAGCGGACGAGACGAUGAGCUCCUUGAGUUUAGAAAACGAUACCCAAGUCUCUCCGGGAUGGAGUUCGAAGCUGCAAACUCUUAUUCUAGAAGGUGA